GUGGAAAGGAGGGAGGGAGGACAGUUUCCUUUCUGUAACACACACGCUACAUGAACACACCGGGAAAGCGGAGAGCGGAAAGAAAAUAAUAAGCGAGAGAAAGAGAGGGAGAAGGAAACGCUGCAGCCCCGGCGUCCGUCCGUCCGCCUGUCCGUCCUUCGGUUGGUUGGUUGGCUUUAUUGUUUUUGUUUUUUUGGGGGGAGGGAAGAAGCCGUCUUUUCUUUAAGCGCAGACUUGCGGACUAACAUGGGAAGAGAGAGCUCCUGAGGAGGAUUGACUUUCAGUGAACCUCUGCUCUGUGGUAAAAGUCUGUGGCUAACAGGGAGGAAAAAGGGCGACGGGGAAGACAUGUUGAGGGUUUUUUUCAUCUUGAGGUUGCGGUAGGGUAUUGAUGUUGUGCUCUUAAAAAACACACAGCUCUCCUGGAGUGGGGUUAAAAAAGAGAGAGAGAGAAAGAGAGGGGGGAGCAAAUGGAAACUAGGCAGUAGGCUAAGCUCAGGAGCCAUUGUUUUGAUCGGUGUUUGUUUAAUUGGCUUGUUAUGAUCUGAAAUAACGUAGGCCUCUUAGGCAUCCCCGCAGUAAAUACAUACACGGUCAGCAGACAGGGGCUACACAGCUGCAAAUUAGCCCGACAGAGCUGCUCGCAUUGCAGGGGACUCUGUUAUGAAAUAACAGGGAAAACGGUGCUUGUGUGAGAUUUCCUUUUAUAUAUAUAUAUAUUUUUUUUUUCAAGUGACAUUUUUUAAGCCAGGCAGCCAAAACAUUUCCAGAUACAUCAACUCACUGGGGGGGAAUCAUACAAAGGCCCAAAAUACAGUGAAAGCUACUUGGAUUAUUAAAAGACUGUUUUAAUCCCUCCGACGAUUUAAGCACAGAGGUGCACUAGAUUAGGUUAUUUUAGCCCCGUUUAGCUGAAGAGAGGGAACAAAAGAUUUUUAAAUGUUAAUGUCGACCGACGUUGCAUCCAUCAUGCUGCCUGUAUCCCGGGGUCUCAUAGACCGGGAUAGAGAGCUGGACCCCAUGGCCGGGGUGCAUCCCAACCCCGGUGGCGCUCCUGCAGCUGUUCGCGGCAUGAAGCGAGGAGACCCGGAGCCCGACGGACAGACAGCGGCGGCUCUGGUGGACUCGACCGGCGCUGAGUGCAAGCGUCCCCGCAUCGACGGCACAGGAGGAAUGGGCGAGGUUGGUCAGAACAACGACCCCUUGACGCUCAGCUAUCACGGAUACCCGUCUCAUAGUCAGGGUUCUCAGGAUAGUGCUGGCGGUCAGGAGGGACUCGUCCCCCCACCUUUCUCUGCCUUCCCGCCUCCUCCACCACCGCCCCCCCAGAACGGCCUGGCCCUGGAUUACGGGGGCAGCCUGUAUGCUGCAGGGGCCGUCCAGGGUCCCGUGGAAGCCGGCGGAGCAGCGAAUAGCGCAGCCAACGCCGCUAACAGCCUCAGUGCCCAACAGUCAGAUGGGUCCUCCCAGAUUGAGGGCCAGUCUGGGGUUGGCUCGGGAGGUGGAGGCGGCGGGGGGAACGCCGGAGACGAUUCGGACUCCAAGGCCACCCCCAAACGCCUUCACGUAUCUAACAUCCCCUUCCGCUUCCGAGACCCUGACCUACGGCAGAUGUUUGGGCAAUUUGGCAAAAUCCUUGAUGUGGAGAUCAUUUUUAACGAGAGGGGAUCGAAGGGCUUCGGUUUUGUUACGUUUGAGUCGAGCGCAGAUGCAGAGAGGGCCAGAGAGAAGCUCCACGGCACGCUGGUGGAAGGACGUAAAAUCGAGGUUAAUAACGCCACAGCCAGAGUGAUGACAAACAAGAAGAUGACCACGCCGUACUCGAACGGAGAGGGCCUUGCGGCACUGCCAUAUGCUGGAUGGAAGCUGAGUCCUAUGGUUGGAGGCAUUUACAGUCCUGAGCUCUAUACAGUACCAGGGUUUCCGUACCCAGCAGCAGCAGCAGCAGCAGCUGCCUCGACCGCUGCAACCUUUCGAGGCGCUCAUCUCCGAGGUCGUGCUCGGCCAGUGUACAGCGCAGUCAGGGCCGCUGUCCCACAGCCUGCCAUCCCCACCUAUCCUGGUGUGAUGGCCUAUCAGGAUGGUUUUUACGGUGCAGCUGAUCUCUAUGGUGGCUAUGCAGCGUAUCGAUACGCCCAGCCGGCUGCAGUAGCAACGCCUGCGGCGGCAGCAGCUGCAGCGGCAGCUUACAGUGACAGUUAUGGACGAGUUUACACAGCAGAUCCCUACCACGCUGCACUUGCCCCAGCUGCCUACGGCGUUGGAGCCAUGGCUACGCUGUACAGGGGAGGCUACAGUAGAUUUGCUCCCUACUAAAGACACUACAUUUCCCAGGAGCUCCUCUCUUCCAUUGAAUUACUUUGAAAGAGCUCCCCCUGUUGUCACGGAGGUGGACUGCACCCAGUUUUAAAACGUGGACUUGACCACAAAGAAGAUAUUUCAGAUCCCACCCCAGAGCAGUCCCACGUUUUCUUAUAUACGCUACUACAGAAAUAGAGGAAUGCUGUAUUAAAGACUGAAGGAUGGCCUUAAUGUUAAAAAAAAAAAAAAGAAGAAGAAGAAGAGAAAAAAA